CCCCCCCCGAAAAAAACCCCAACCAAUCUCGUAUUUGAGCAUAAGAGAGCUUGAAGACUGUUCAUAAAAAUGUCACUGAGCUGGUUUUUGUUUUUAACCUUGGGCAAAAUGGGACGUGUAAUAACACGGAACAAAGCGGAGAGGAGUAAUACUUAACAAUAAAUAGCAGUAAAUUCAAAGGUAUAGGACUGAAGUUAAAAAAAUUUUAAAAAUAAUCCCUGGAUUAUUGUAGAAACAAUUGAUUUUACAGGUUAUUUUUGGCCUUUUGUGUGAGUGGCUUCAGAGAAUGCUCCAAGAAUAGGGAAUGAAGUGGAAGUCAACUGAAUUCUCUUGUGCACUACCAAGACGAAAUGACAUUCAUGUUUGUGGUGAAUGGAAGUCAUGGCAGCGUCUAACAUGGGAGGGAAAGACAUGAAUGGACAAUGUGGCGUGACUCGUUCAGAUUGCAGAUCUUCUGCCUGCUUAUGGCAGUACUGGCUAUUGUGGUGCUGGUCCAUAAUUUUUUUCAGUUAGAGCACCUGGAUGAUGACACAGUUUCAGGAUCAAAUUGGAUAACAGAAAACAAUGUCCAGCAUUCUCUGUCACAGACAACCAAAACUACCAGGAAGCCUUACUGUGGUUAUAAGCAGCAGACUUUGUCCAAAAGAGAGCAAGCAGAACAGGAAUCGUUGCUUGCUGCAAUACAGUGGCCAAAACCCCCUGAUGGCAAAAUUGCCUUUGCACAAAGCACUGAUCCCGCACGUAGUGACUUUGUGAUUGUGAAACCCAUCGGGUUCUUCAAGGUGGGUGAUCAGUUAGAGGUACUUGUCCGUAUGAAUGAUUUCCAAGGAAAACCCAAGCAGUAUGGCGGAGACUAUCUACAAGCACGCAUUCACUCUCCUCUGCUGAAAGCUGGAGCAACGGGAAGGAUUGUAGAUUGCCGUAAUGGCCUUUACAAAGUCUUCUUUACCUUGCUUUGGCCAGGAGAGGUCAAAGUUUCUGUGUCACUUGUCCAUCCGAGUGAAGCAAUCCAAGUCCUGCUGCGUUUACGAGAAGAAAGGCCAGACAGGGUCUAUUUCAAAAGCUCAUUCAAGUCUGGGAGGUAUUCAGAAACAACUGAGUGCAAUGUUUGCUUGCCUGGAGAUCUGCCGGUCUGUAACUUCACAGAUCUCUACACAGGUGAGCCAUGGUUCUGUUAUAAGCCUCGAAAACUGUCCUGUGCCAGCCGAAUCAGCCAUGCCAAGGGUGGAUAUCAAAAAGGUCUUCUGACACAAGAGGAAAGCCUCUUUUUCCAAAGUGAUGUGAAUAUCAAAAGGCCGAUACUCUCCAGUGGACCUGAUUCAGUAAUUGUAAAGCCCAAGGCAUUUACAGAUUCAAGCAGUAUGGACAGAGCUGAAGAUCCCACGGUUUCCCCCUCUGGUUAUUACUAUGAAGACCAGUGGAGGCCCAGAACGCACUGGAUCCAUCAUUUUAACAAGUCAGAUGAUAUAACCAAGUGCUUACAGGGGAAAGUAGUCCACUUGUUUGGAGACUCUACAAUAAGGCAGUGGUUUGAAUAUCUGACAGCGGUUGUUCCAGAUCUAGUGGAAUUUAACCUGGGGAGUCCCAAAAACGUGGGCCCUUUCAUGUCUGUGGACCUGAAGCACAAUAUCCUACUGAAGUUCCGCUGUCAUGGGCCACCCAUUCGCUUUUCAACAGUCUUCAGCAGUGAACUGCGCUACAUUGCCAAUGAACUGAACGGCAUAGUGGGUGGUAGAAACACAGUGAUAGCCAUAACUAUAUGGUCCCACUUCAGCACUUUCCCUGUGGAAGUGUAUAUCCGGCGGCUGAGGAACAUUCGAAGAUCAAUUAUUCAACUGCUGGAUCGCAGCCCCAAGACUUUAAUCAUCAUCAGAACCGCUAACGUUCAGGAGCUUGGGCCAGAAGUGAGCCUCUUUAACAGUGACUGGUAUUCCUUUCAGCUUGAUUCUGUCAUGAGGAAAAUGUUCUCAGGAAUUGCUGUGCACUUUGUGGAUGCUUGGGAGAUGUCUCUGGCUCAUUACUUGCCACAUAACUUGCACCCAAAAGAAGUCAUUGUUAAGAAUCAAAUAGAUGCAUUUUUAUCUUAUGUGUGCCCUCUGCAAACUUAGCACAAGUGGGUAUCCCUAUGUCAUCUUUUGCUAUAGCCGAAGUAAAGUUGCUCUUUGUUGGAGCUAUCAAGUUAAGCUGGAUGGUAUGGAAGAACUCUGGUUAUUGUACUUGCAUGCAGUAUAAGUGGGGCGGCCUUAACUCUGGGUAGCUGUGAAGGCUGGUAAAGAAGAAUUGACUGUUCAGGCCAUAUCUUCCUGCAAGGUUGAUUCCUUUCAACCUUAUCAUUCAUAUCUGAGAUUAUUAGAGAGCACCUUAAAUUAAAUUGACAAGAUUCAAUAAGAAAUUAUGUGGGUUAUUAGCUUUACUAGUUGUCUGCACUGUAUGCUUAAUUUAAUCCAUAUGACACUGAUUCUGCUGCCAGGGUCUUCCUGCUCAGAACUGUGUGUGAAACCUGGGAAAGGUUUUGGGAGCAGUCUUUCUCUCAACAUUCUAGAGUUUGAGGGACAUCCCUUCCAGUUGUAUGUCAGAGCAGCAGUGUCUGUUCUUGUUUCUAAGUCCUAAUUAGAAAUAUGAAGGAAGUGUACCAAGAUCACUAAUAUCGAUCAAGGAAGCACAAUCAAAAUAUCUAUAGUAUUAGGUCAUCAAGAAUUUGCUGAAAUUUAAUAGAGCACACUAGUUAGGCACCCUUGGUGUUUACAGAUGGCUGCUAAGUAAUGCAAAUAGCCAGUAUUUUAGUUUGGUUUCCUGUACUACUGAAUCUCUUCUGAGCUUUGAUACAAUGUCUACUUCUUCAUUUAUUUGUAAUGGAGAAAUGUGUAUAUUAUGACCUCAGUGAAGGCACUGUCUCAGGCAGUUUCUGCAAGUUCAAGUUGCAGUCUUGCCUACUUGAAGCUUGAAGUGUUUACUAAUGAAAGUGUUUCCCUUCCCUAUAAGAUAAAUCUAUUCCCUUAUGCUCCUGCAAAGCUGGGCUUCUGGUAAUUACUCUUGUAACAUCAUUCCUACAUUGUGUCUGUAUGGAGAAGCCAAGUGACCUGAGUGCACUUGACGAUGUUUGGCAAUGGGUAACAGUAACUGGAACACACUAGUGUCAAGGCCAUGCAGUGAGGCCCCUUCUGUGUUUGGCAGUUUUAUCAUUUAUUCAUGAGCUUCACUGCUGCCAAUAUAAAAGGUCAAAAAAAUUGCACCCAAAAGCCAAACACACACAGGGUUGCCCUUCAUACAGAUGCUUGGUAAAUAUUUGCAGUUUUGCCGGUGUGCAAGCUGGUGGCUCUUGGGCCUCUUGGCGUGGUAUUUGCUGCUGCUAAUUUGAUUGAGCCUGUCUAUAGUUUUAACUAGUAGCGCUUUGAAAACAAAGUUUUGAUUAAAUUCAGCCCCCAAAUUAAACAGCAGAGAAGUGUUCCGUGUUGUCUUAUUUCUGGUCCCACUCAGGCCAAAGGUAGUCUUUACCAGUGGCUUUACUGAGAAAUGCGUCAAAACAGUAGUAAAGUGCUUCUGAAGAAGCUCAUCAUGCUUAAGGACAAUAUCAAAGUUGAGUCUUUGUGAGCAAACUGAGAAGAUUAAUAAGGAAAAUUGGUAGGUUGCAUGGAGCAGAAUAAUUGAAAUGUCUUCAUAUUAGAAAUGUUUUACUCUUUGCAAGGUUUGCUGUUGUGUUAGGAGGAUUGUGCUCUUAUUGCUGGAGCCCCAAGAGGGCUAAUGCUACCAGCUACAGGCACAGUGUUUUUUGUUUUGUUCAUUUUAAAGGACAACUGAGAACUGUUUUAAAAACAAAUGUAAAUGCUUUUAGCAUGUAAGAGUCAUCAGUAGUAUCCACCUAUAAACUUACCAAUUUUAAAAUGUUGUAAAAUGGCUGUAGGAGUCACGUACACUGAAAUAGCAUCUAUUCUUACUUUUUCAAAUCAGAAUUAAGGAGGUCCAAUUUGCCAGUUCCUACUGACAACUGCCUCACAUAGUAUCUGUCCAUACAUUAGCUUUAGGUAACUAUUUCAUACUUUAAUAUGUUAAUGGAAAUUUAUCCUCUGCUGAAAAGAGACCACACCAAUACAGGUCUGGGGAGGUAAACCAGCACAAUGCAAAAUGACCUUUCAUCUUUUCCAGGUGUGUUUUUUAAAAUAGGUACAGUAUAAGGCUUUCAUCCUGAAUAACAAUUCUAUCCAAAUAAUGUUAAUGAAAAUAAGACUUCAGACAUUUACUUUGAAGGAAACUACUUAAUUUGUGGACUAACCAUUUGGUUUUCGUCAUAAAGCCGUAUCAUGUGUGAAAGUGUUGUGGCAGCGUGUUUCUUCUCUGAAUGUUGUAGUGCUCACCACUCUCUUCAACAGCAACUUUGUAUUGCUGUCAGCUGCCAAGAACAGAUAGAGAAGAACAUAUUUUUUUGGAUGUUUUGACAAUUGAGGAAAAGAGAACAGGACUGCUACUAGCAAAGAUGUCUAAUCACCUUCUGGUAGAAUGUUUAGAUUAAUUUUUUAAUAACAGAUUAACUAACUUUUAGGUAACGAACUUGAGGGGAAAUUGCCAGUUGAUUUGGAAUGAGGACCAAUACUUCAUUUCUUUGAGCUCUGGAAUAGUCAGGGAGGAGAAAGGGAGAAACUGAGGGAUUUACUCAUGUUUUAAGAUGAAGACUGGGAACGCUAUGCUUUUAUAUGUCAUUCAGUUGAACUAUAAAUGAUUUUUCAUUUCUAUUCUUGUCUUGUUACCAGUUGCACCAGUUGUGUAUGUACUGUAUAUGGAAACAUAGAAGCAAUAAAAUAUUUUUAAAUCGGUUUCUUUAAACCUCUAAACUUCUAAAUGGAUUUUAAUAGGGACUUAGGUUAAGAGGUUGGUUAUGUUUCAAGUUACUUAAUAUGAAAUGGGACUGGAAAGGAAUUUCUCAGUUGUCAGUUAAGUAUUUUCCUUUACACAUAAAAAAUUAUUUAAUGAGAAAGCCCUGUCUUCCUUUUCUUUCCAUUUUCUUCACUUGAAGGGAAGAAAUUGUAUUAUUUUUGAUAUUUUCAUUCUUGUCCUGAGCCUUUUGAUUAUUAACCUUUCAACAUAGAGAUAUUUUUUUCCGCUUUAAUGUCUUUAUUCAAAAUCCAGCUCACUCAAAUCCCAGUGAAGACGACUGUAUUUUUAUGGUGUUUAUCAGAAGAUUUCAGAGCAAUUUAUUUAUAAAAUAAGUAACCCCCAUUUUAUAGAUUAGACCAAUACACGGUGAUUUUCUGCACUUGAUAUUUUCAGAAUCUUGUUUCUCAUAUAUAUCAUGUUAGGCUGAUUUCUUCGUUCUAGAAAUUUAGCAAAAACUUUAGUUGAAUUGUUGAUGAAAAGUGAGAAUAAAAAGCAGAAGUUUCCCUUUUUUCAAGUUUUCAAUAGCUUCUAGUUUCAUCUGCUUUACAGCAUUAUUGCAGCUCUGCUUUCUGAGAUUCAAAUUAGCAUUUUUCAUUGUUUUACUUGUUAGAGGUAAGCAUUUAAAAAUGGGAACUUUGCUUACUAGAAGGGUCUGUACUACUUUUUAUAUACUUCAGGUGAUGAUUCCAUGUAUAUAUGACAAAAACAAAGAUUUGAAGUUGUCUCCUGGGAAGGGUGAGGGUAUUGGGGUUUUGCUUUGGUUUUGCUGCAGAAGUGUGGGUUAAAACAUUGUUCCACUCAUGACAGUUUAAGUAAUAGCAAAAAACUUCAAUCACAAAUAUGUAUUUAAUUUAUAAAGCACUUGCUCAUGAAGUCCAGAUCACUUCAUUCUCAGUUUCUACUCAUACGUAUUUAGACUGUUUGGAAGGCUCUUGUUAUCUGUUGGUAGCAGUAAAGGGCUCUGCAUCUGUGUGUUAGAGAAAGAACUUGUUUUCAAAAGGUUUUUUUCUAUUAUAUGUAUAUUACUGAAAUGCUUACAAUACAAAGGAGGCUCUAAUGUCUUUUACUUCCUGAUGUGAUCAGAAAAACAAUUUAAAUAGCCAAAAAGCUCAAAGAAUAAGAAGUUCCCAAUAAAGAGGGCAAGUUUACUUAAACUAUUUCAUUUGUUGGGUAGAAUAUAUUUUAAUCUAUGGUUUAUAGAUUAAAAUCACUUUAAAAAGUGAUUUUUUUUUUUUUUUUUUUCUGAUGGUGUGUAUUUGGAGGGGAGUGAUCUGUGCAGGCAGCACAAGCCUGGCAUGAGACAUAGCGCUGAAGCACACUGAUGUUUCCUGUUGUCGGUGUAUGAGGCCUGACACGUAAUAAAAGCUUAUACAUAA